UCUAGCAGAGAAAUCAGCGACGUGUAUCAGAAGAUCGUCGCUGGAAAGGACAUCGAUUGGGCACUUUUGACAUACGACAGAGGUGGAAAUUUAAGAGUUCAAUCUACCGGCGAUGGCGGGCUCGGGGAACUGGUCAAGGAAUUCUCCAAUGGCAGGAUUCAUUAUGCACUCGCAAGGGCUAUUGACCCUAAUGCCAGUGAUCCAACGGACACUUGGAGUUAUUUUAACCGAUUGGUCGAAUUCGUUCAGAUCAACUGGUGUGGUGAUGGCGUUCCAGAGACGAAGAAAGGUCUCUUCCUUACGCAUUCAAGUUCUGUAGUCAGCCUCCUACGAGAACCUCACGUCGUCGUCAAUGCUCGUUACGAGGUGGACGUUGCUCCACUGGUGAUUAUGAAGCGGUUCGAAGCGGCUCCCGGUGCCUUGUAUUUUACUCACGAUAAGCAGGCGCGCGAAUUUGAACCGAUCGCACCUGUUGGGAAAAACUACACGCCAGUUGUUGGGCCGGAUAUAGCAGCAAUGCGGAAGGCGCCUCCUUCGCCAAACCCUUCUGUUGCUCCCUUUCAAUCGCUGGCACCUAGACCAGCAGCUACAACACCGGCACUAAAGCCUGCGGUCCCGAGGGCUCCCCGUCCCACUGUCUAUACGACGAUACCAAUUACCUCCAAGACUAUCGCAGCAACAAGGGCACCUGCCGGUACAUGA